GUUUAAACGUUGAGGGUGUGCCAGGGAGAGAGGUAGAGGUAGAGGAAGAGUGUGUGAGAGAUAGAGAGAGAGAGAGAGGCACGCUCGAACGACUUUCGAAAGAUCUGCUUAACCGAGAGAGGGUUUUACUAGUACGAGAGCGGUAGUCUCAUCGUGAGUCAUUUCCACUUUGUUGCAAGCAAGCAAGCAGGCAGGCAGACAGGCAAGAAGGCGGCAAAGUUGCUUCAGAAGAUGGUGUGCACUUGCGUCUACUGCAACGGCAGCGGGAAGGACUGCCUGAAGACCCUCAGGACGGAGAAGAAUCUGAAUAUGCAGAGAAUGGAGGCAGAUACGAAUCCGUUCUUCCACUACAAGAGACUCAAGGCUUUUGUGAACAGGAAGGACGAGGCCUCCGUCAUCCGAUCGGAAUUCCCUGGAAAAAUACCCGUUGUGGUGGAGAGAUGGGCGAAAGAGAACCACUUACCUUAUUCAAACAGAAUGAAAUUCCUCGUCCCACAAGAAAUCACGAUGUCACAGUUCUUACACAUUGUCAGGAACCGCCUCAGCAUCAGUAGUACCAUGUCCUUGUACCUCCUGGUGAACAACACCACCUUGGUCUCCCUCUCAAAGACCUUAGCAGAGGUCUACAGGGAAAGUCAUGAUGACGACGGCUUUCUCUAUGUCACGUACGCAAGCCAAGAAGUCUUUGGAUAAAGAACGUCAACUUUGCGAGUGCAAAGCUUCUGUAUUUCUGUGAUACUAUGUGGACAUCUUCCAUCAGUUGCUCAAGCUGCCGUUGUCGCUUGGUAAAACAACGACGCGCGCCUGAAUCGAAAAGCUGUUCUUGUUAUUUGUUAUACUCUGAUUGCUGAAGAACACAGACAGCCUUAGAAGAAGAAGAAGGAGAAGAAGAAGAAGAAAAAGAAGAAGAGAGAGAUAGACGACCCCGAUGGACUACUCCUCCGGCGUUGACCUCCGGGAAAUCCAUUCUACCAGAAUCUGCCUUAGGAAGCGUUCAUGUUGGGAGGAAGACACCAAGAGAACGAUAGUUAUCUCUUGAACGACGUUGAUCGUGUUCAGAUGCACAGACUUUGACUUUGACUUUAGUAUAAUACGGUCAUUUAGUUUUCAUUGUUGAUAAAGUUGACGGUUUAGAAUCUGUGGUGGACAAUCGGUUGGUCUGUCUCUGACGUCAUCAUGAAAGGCGCAUUUGCUAUAAAAGCUAUUUUUCGAGAACAGAAGCCUUUCUAUUUACGAUACGGCGUUAAGGAUCAGUUGAACUUUAUAUAACUUUGUUGAAAUGUACAUAGUUAAAAUGAUAUAUAACUUUUACAGAGCUGCUUGAGAAUCACUUUUUGAUAAUUGUAGUACUAACCGUUUACAUCAUCGCUACUUUUUCUUUCUCGGUUCCACAAAAACCAUCUUUUCCUCGAAAUAGUACAAAUGACUUUAUUAUUAUUUUGUGGGCUCCCCAUUAACCCCAAGUUAUGCAUGCAACUGAAUCCAGACUUCCCUUGACAAAACCCUUUCUGUUUUUAUUUUGAAAGACAUUUGAUAAUAAGCUAGGAGGACGCAAACAAAAGUUCUUGUUUUUAGUGUGAAUUAUCUUACGAUGAUCUGUAAAAAAACUUUUUUUUUUUUCUCGUCAUUUAAUCUUGAGAAAAAUCUCCUGGAACUAAUCCACUUGAUUUGUACCUUUGUAAAAUUGACAUAUUUCUGAAUAAAUAAG